GUGAAUAAACCUGAAAGUUUUCAGACUGAUUCACGUUUAUUCUUCGUAAUCGAGUUUGUUCCUGGUGGCGAUUUAAUGUUUCAUAUGCAAAGACAGCGAAAACUGCCCGAAGAUCAUGCAAGAUUCUAUUCGGCCGAAAUAAUAAUAGCAUUGCACUUCCUGCAUUCGCGCGGUAUCAUCUAUCGUGAUUUGAAAUUAGAUAACGUAUUGAUCGACGCCGAAGGUCAUGUGAAGUUAACUGAUUAUGGAAUGUGCAAGGAAAAUAUAGGACCUGGUGAUGUGACUAGUACAUUUUGUGGUACACCGAAUUAUAUUGCACCGGAGAUUUUAAGAGGGGAAGACUACGGAUUCAGUGUGGAUUGGUGGGCACUUGGCGUGUUGAUGUAUGAAAUGAUGGCCGGUAGAUCGCCGUUUGACGUGGUCGGUAUGGCUGGAGAUGCCGAGCAGAACACUGAGGAUUAUCUCUUCCAAAUAAUCCUCGAAAAACAAAUCCGUAUACCAAGAUCUUUAUCAGUGAAGGCCGCCACCAUAUUGAAAGGCUUCCUGAAUAAGGAUCCAAGUGAACGGUUAGGUUGUAAUGAAGAUAUCUAUGAGGCACUCGAUGAAAUGAAGGCGCAUACAUUCUUCCGCAAUAGUAUCGAUUGGGAAUCGCUGGAGGCACGUCAAGUUGCUCCACCGUACAAUCCUUCGAUAGAAAAUGAUCGUGAUUUNCUGACUCCGGAUGAUCCAGCCGUGAUUGAACGUAUCGAUCAAAGUGAGUUCGAAGGAUUCGAAUACAUCAAUCCCUUAUUAAUGUCAAAAGAAGAUAGUGUUUAA